GUCUCCUGCUUGAGCAAGGGGCUGGACUAGAAGACCUUCAAGGUCCCUUCCAACUCUGUCAUUCUGUUGAGUUUUGAUCGAUCUCACCAAAGGGGGAGGUUCCACGUUCUGCUAAGAUACCUUGGAUUUCAGUUGAUGAAUGAAACGGCGAGUUAAACCAAAAUUAAAAGCAACUUUGGUGUCUACCAGGUUAGACACUGGGAGGUGGUGAGUUCUAGUGCUGCCUUGGGCACAAAGCCAGUGGGGUGAUCAUUGGUCAGUCCCUCUCUCAGCUCUUGGAAAGAGACAGUGGGAAACCCCUUCCCCAAAACCUUGUCAGGAAAACUACAGGGACUUUUAUUGUUCUUAAUGAGGGCUAGUUUGAUGUGAUGGCUAAGACAUCAGGCUAAAAGCUGGGAGGCUGUGAGUUCCAGUCCUGCCUUAGGCAUUCAAGCCAGAGACUUUGGGCCACCCACUCUUUCUCAGCCCUAGGAAGCAGGCAAGGGCCACCACUUCCAAGAAACAUUGCCAAGGAAACUGCAGGGAUUUGUACCGUCAAGCAGCAAGAAUCAAAAUUGACUCAAAAGAGGCCUUAAAUCAUGACAGAGAAAGGGGGACUUUAUGCAUGCAAGGAUUCAUCCUCUUGGGAAGCUGUUUUGAACAUUUACCAGGAUGUGAUUGAAGCUAUGGGAAGCAAGAAGAAGAAACUAAUUGCCUUGGAUCAGUGGUAUCAAGAAGAGUUGCCCAAAAUUCUUACUGGGCGUGAGGAAAAAUACUUGACGAAAGAGGAAUUGUUGAAACUCAUGGAAUGGAAGCUUACCAGAGGAAAAUUUCGGCCUCGUUUGCAGCAGCUGCUGGCUGCUAAUCCGAGCAAGAUGGUGGAGGAACAUACCAGAAAAGCUUUCCAACGACUCCCAGAUGUAGAAGCGGCCGUGAAGGAGUUGAGUGAACUGAAGGGCGUCGGGCCAGCCACAGCUUCAGCCAUUCUCGCUGCUGGAGCCCCGGAUAUCGCUGCAUUCAUGGCCGAUGAAGUGAUGGAGAUCCUCCCAGGCCUGGGACCUCUCCAAUACACCCUGAAACAUUACCUGCUUUAUAUGGAUAAGAUUCAGGGCUGUGUGAAGAAACUGAACAAGGGUAGCACCACGGAAACCUGGACGGCUCACCUGGUGGAAAAAUGCCUCUGGACCUGGGCUUUGGCUCAAAAGCUGCGUUUGUCCUCUUUACCGAUUGUGAGCCGAGAGGAAGUCCAGGGAGAUGUUGUUGAGCAAAGAGACCAAGCCAGGAAGAAACAGAGAACCAAAUGAACGCUUCCCAGUCCCUGUGAUUGUGGGGUGAACACCUGCUCCUCGGCAUGUAAACGGCAGAGCUGAGCAAACACACCCAAGGGAUGUUUGCUUACUUUGGGACCAACCACACCAGUCGACAGCAACCCGAGCACCACAGUUUUCUCACAAACAGAAUGGCAGCUUGCGUGACACAAAUAGGGCUAGAAACCCUGUUUGGUCUUCUUUGAAAGGAUUGACAGGGAUCUGUCCAAAUGUUCCCGUUUUAAUAAUAUUGAAGUGGAUCGUUCUGUUACAAGAAGCCUUCCCUUAUCUGCCCCCCCACCUCGUGGUCGUUGUUAGUUGCAAAGUCCUGUCUGAGCCAUCACAGCCCCAAUGUUCCUCCAGGCCUUCCUGUCCUCUACCAUCCUCCGGAGUCCAUUUAAGCUCACGCCGGCUGCUUCUGUGACUCCAUCC